AUGAUGGACAAUCUCGAGAGACUACGACGAGCCGGGCCCCUAGAGAAAUUCUUCCUCGCACGUGCUCUGACCGAGCACGCCAACGUGGCAAUAUCAGCAACCUAUAUCCUCCCAGAAGCCUUCACUCUGCCCACCCAAGAAUAUGUAUAUAAAGCACUUGGAACAUUGAUCAGCAAAAAUGCUGCCCUAUCGGCAAUCCCGGUCAAAGACGACAACGAUACCUGGUUCUUCCGACUCCCAGAAAUCGACCUCGGCCAGACUGUAUCCUUCCAAAAGCGUACCCGUGACUAUCCUGCUGAAGAGAAGCCAGACACUGAACUGUGUGAACUACUGCAGGUCCAUCAGAAAGCCGAGUUCAUAGCGCCCCUGCCAUUCUGGAGACUGAUCGUCUUGACAGAGACGAAUGGGCAGCGCUUCACAGCGAUAUAUAUAUUCCACCAUGUAAUUGCGGAUGGCAUAUCGGGAAAGGCGUUUCAUGAGACAUUCCUCGAGGCAUUACAUGAUGCUGCUAUUUCCUUGACCUCGGGAGAGGCUACAAGACAGGUGAUCCAAUCGCCUAAGCUCUCUAUGCUGCCAAACCUGGAAGCAGUCCACCCGUGCUCUAUGAGCUUUACUUUCCUCCUCAAACAAUUUUUCCAGCACAAAAUAUAUCCCUAUCGCGAUCCGGGUCUUUGGACAGGUCCGAAGUCAUCUAAACCAUUUGACAUCGAGAUCCGCCAGAUUGUUAUCCCCGAAACAGUAUCUACAGCGCUAAGAAACCGAUGUCGUCAGAACCAGGCUACUAUAACCUCGGCUAUACAUACAGCGGUUGCACGAAGUCUCCUUGCGCAUCUGCCAGAGGAGUACACAAGACUAGAAGCAUUCAGCGCCAUGUCGUCUCGUCGGUGGUUGAAGGAAGAAGAGGGGAUCACAGAUCAAUCCAUGGGUGUCUGGGUCAUGGAUUUCAGGGAAAGUUUCUUCCGGAAGCAGAUGGAUCAGUAUUCUUCUGACAGCUUUCCGUGGGAAGUCGCGAGGGCAUCCUGCGCCACGAUAAAACAGGUGCUAAGUCGCGAAGGCAAAGAUACUAGUGUGGGAUUGCUCAAAUAUGCGGAUAUGUGGAAAUAUAUACAGAGUCAGAUAGGCAAGGACCGAGAUAGAAGCUUUAAGACAUCGAAUCUGGGGGUUGUGAAAUCAGCCCAGGAAGGAGAGUCGUGGCCGCAGAUUAGACAGAUGAUGUUCACCCAGCCGUUUGAUGGGCUGUCUGCACCUUUGGCCGUGUCUUCUAUCACUGGGGGUGAUGGCUGUUUGGUUCUAGGAAUUAUAUGGCAGAAAGGCCUUGCAGAGUCAGAGAUGUUUGAGGGUGUUGUUGAUGGGAUUGCUACGGAGUUGCAUAAUGCCGCGAAUUGA